CGAUAUACGUGUUAUUUAUAGAAGAGUUAGCGCAUAUGAAUCUUUAUAUAGACCCUAUACUGUAUAAAAAAUGUUUUUAUACGAGAUGGAGAGAGAGUUGAAGUUGAAAUAAAUUCCAUAAAAUAUUUGAAAAAAUAUGCUUAUUUUUACGAUAAUUUGCUUAUUCGUCAUUACCGAUAAAUUUCCCUUUAGAGGGUCUUUUUUUAAAUAUCUUAUUAAUUAAUUAAUUAACUUUUUAUCGCAAUAACAACUUCGGAGAGUAACUUUUUUAGUAAUUUUUUCAAAGGUAUUUUAAUAACUAUUAGAGCUAUUAGAAGAUUUAAUUUAAAACAAAGUAAUAAAACAAUAGAGGAGUCACGGAGAAAAUAAGAAUUAACUUUGAUUUAUUACGUCUACGUAGUUGCUUCGGUAGAAUUAGUAUCUGGCUUAGUCGCUUAAGUACGGGGAUUACUCGUUUUAAACUACAUGGCUUAAUCGAUAAAAGGUCGCGCCAUAUUAAACAGGAAAACCAUAAAAUUAAUACCAUUUCGAUACGUUUGUGAAAAAUUUUUAACAUUACAACGUGUACGGCGAUUUAACGUUUAUCGACGUUAAAUAAAAGACCGGAAUAAGUGAAAAGAAUAUUAAAUUUUUAAAACAACGUGGCGCCGAUCGCGUUACCUCUGGUGUCAAAAAAAGCCAGACGGAAAGCAGACGACAUUUUGCAAAUUUACGAGUGGGAGAAACGGAUAUAAGAUUUUCGUUUCUCAUUUAAGACCAUACUUUUUGAAUCCGAGAUAACUCGAUUCCAGCCGAAAAGUCUAGUAGUAAUCUUAGAUUCGGAGCUGGCUCUAAGGCCAAAGUAAAGAAGAUCUGAUGCGUCUUCAGUUUAUCCGCGCGAAAAGAAAAAACAAAUUCACGAUUCCACUCAAAUAGAAUACUGUAUUUGAAAUUCCUAAGACGAUAAAGAAGUUUCUCACUUUCGAAAAAGAUGUCAAAAUUAAAAGAAAACCAGCGUGCCGCUUUGGAGAGAUUUGUUUGCCGUAAUCCGGCGGAGAACGGCAAAUCCGCCAAGGACGACGACCGUGGCCGAGAAGACAAUGCUAAAAGCGUUUUCCGUUCGUAUCCCGGUCUGCGAAAUUUGAAAAGCUCUUCGACGUCGGAGGAUCCACUUUUCCAACGUCGCGUUUUCCGUAGGAAAUUAGAAAAGUCGGAAAUGCAAGAUCCCACGCGCCCGUCGACCGACUUACCAGAAAGUUCGAAUAAUUUAUCGUUGGGUGGAAUAAGCGAAACCGGUCGGCCCGCCGUCGUAUUCCUUACCGACGAAAAUAAUAUUAAUCGGCGGUUAUUAUCGGCGGAAAGAGAUAAAGCCGGCGGUUUUGAAAUUUCGUUGGUUGACGAAAUGUUCGAUAAAGACGUCGGUUUAUUCCGAGAAGACCGAAGAAAGAACGAAUGGCUGCUAGACCGAAAUGUCUUCGGAACUAACGAGAAAAAAAUGUAUUUAAGCUUUCCUUCCCAUGUUUACCGGGAGUACAUUUAUCCGAUAAGCCAGAGGCGACGUACUAACCGAUCUAAUUCCGCCGAAUUAAUUGCGUUAGGCGCGGAGAAUUUAACGGAAUUGCGGACCAUUUAUGGUCUGAUAAUAAAAUUCGUUUAUAGGUUUUACCUAAAUCCGACGGCUUGGAAAAUCGAAUCGGACUGGCUUCUUUACGCACCUUCGAUUGUUAAUUUAAUCGAUGGGAUAAUUAAGGAGAACGUUCGACGUCCUCCGCCUCUGCCCUUUCUUCCUUCAAGUUGUAAUUCGGAAACGAAGGAAAAAAGAAAAUAUUCGUCCGAGUCGAAUCUUCGUUCCGGCAAAAGACAAAAACGGAAUACUGAUUUACAGUUAUUUCCUAAAGUGACAAAAUCAAUUCCGUCUUCCGGUUACGGAGAAGAUAUCGGCUGCGAUAAGGAUACGACUGAUGGAUCAAUUUACAGUUUAUGUAAACAAGAGGAAAGUGAAUUAUUGAAAGAAGCCGCGGAUAACGUGGAAAUUCUCGAAAAUAAAUACCGUACGUCGGAUUUUCGACAUCUACGAGACCAAUUAGUUCCGGAUAAGUUAACUCUUAAAUAUCCAGAAGAAACGGAAAUAACCAUGUACGAAAGACAAGCAGAUUUUUCUCCGGACGACAAGGUAGAAGCGGAAAAAGCCUCUAAAUCCCACCACUGCCUUCUUUCCUUUCGUUCUCGUCGACCGAUCAGAGUCGGAUUGUCUCGACGUCAGAAAGUAAAACCCUUGCAUUCCUAUUUACAUCUUCCGUCCGAAAGUGGCCAUUUUUAACGGUUACAAAUUUUUGUUUUAAGUUUACUUUUAAUUAACGGGUUAUAUAUACACGCGCGUUACAGGCCAUUGUUAUAUUACUAAACGUUUAUAAAUAAUAACGAUUAAUAGAAAGUCGACAUUGUUUUCUUUAGAUUACAGCGCGUAAGAGAGGUAAAAAGCAACGUCUCGUAACUGUAUAAUUAGAACUAAAUUCCAGCAUUUUUAUGCCGCAAUCGAUUUAAGCCAACCAAAAAUCCUAUGCAAAUCCGAGCGCAGUUAUUACGGAUUAAUAACCGGAUUAGAAGAUUUCCGACAACAUCUGUGUCCGAUUCAAUAUUUUAAUUUAUCCGGACUCUCGCACGAAUUUAAGGUCUGGGAUAGGACGUAGAAUAAUAGAGAAAUCAAAACUUUGGUCGAGACGGAGUCUCUUCCUUCCGUCCAAAUACUAAAAAUAAUCCGGCCGAAAGUUUUUACAAUUGGCGUAUCCCAGAAGGCUAUUUUUAUCUUUGUCAAUUUGCAGAGAAGACUGCAAAUAUAGCUUCUAUCUACCAAAUAAACUACAGUCGAAUCUCUUCCACCAUUUUAUCAAUGCCACUCAAACGCCUAUUCCUACCGACUCCGUUUCGAUUCCGUCGAUAAGAUGAAUAUCUGACCUCCUUUAAUUUUCCCUUUCCUAUUUUUUUCCUUCUCGGGGGAAACUUUAAAAUACGAGUCUACGCCCUUUCGUAGGAACAAAACUUUUGCAAUAAAUUCGUCCGUCUUCGAUUCUUAACUGUAAACUGCGGCCGGACAAAGGA